GCCCCCUCCUCAUCCUGUAAUCGCCAUUGCUCUUAGUGACGUCAUAUGUCUGCGCCGCUGGGAGCGGAGGUAUAUUAACAUUGGUUUAAGCCGGAAUACAACAAGGUAGCCAAUCUCUACUAACACCAGAGUCUAGUGUUUUGGAGAAAGCAAGUCAUUAAAUGACUCCUGGGCAAUAAACUAGAAGAAUGUGGAGGUGAUUGAGAGCUUCUUGGAACAAAUCUGAGAGAUGGACUACCAGUUGAAUGGACAGCAACAAUGUGAGUUUGAGAAAGUGGCCGUUUACUUCUCCGAGGAGGAGUGGGACUGUUUAAAUAAAGAAGACAAGGAGCUUUACAGAGAUGUGAUGAUGGAGAAUUAUCAGACCAUCAGGUCUCUGGGAAGGAUUCAUAUGACGCCUUUGAUUAUAUCAGUGAUUGAGCGAGGGGAAGAGCCGUAUGUGAGGAAUCCUCUGCAGGAUAGUCUUUUGAAUACUCGCCCAGGUUGUUCAGUCAGCAAAAGUUAUCCUGGUGGACAUGACAUGAACAGAAAUGCACUAAGCAAGACUAUGAAUGAAUAUUUUAAUAAAAAGACCAAAGACUCCAGCUCUAAAAAAUCAAGGACUCCCUCUGAAUCCUAUAUGCCUAUAAAUGAGAUGACAAACAAAGAAACAAAACAUUUUCCAUGCACAGAAUGGUGGAAAUGUUUUAGUUGUUGUUCAAAAUUUGUUGUCCAAAUCAGGAAUCCUACAGGAGAGAAACAUUUCUCAUGUUCUGAAUGUAAGAAAUGCUUUACUCAUCACUCAAACCUCGUUAGGCAUCAGAGAACUCACACAGGAGAAAAACCUUUCUCAUGUUCUGAAUGUGGGAAAUGCUUUCCGUAUAACUCCUAUCUUGUGAAACAUCAAAGAACUCACACAGGAGAAAAACCAUUCUCAUGCUCUGAAUGUGGGAAAUGUUUUAGUGUGCAAUCAAACCUUGUUAUGCAUAAGAGAACUCAUACAGGCGAGAAACCAUUUUCAUGUUCUGAAUGUGGGAAAUGUUUUCGUGUGCAGUCCAACCUUGUUCUGCAUAAGAGAUAUCACACAGGAGAGAAACCGUUCUCAUGUUCUGAAUGUGGGAAAUGUUUUAUUAGUAAAACAGAUCUUGUGAAACAUCAGAGAACUCACACUGGAGAGAAACCAUUCUCAUGUUCUGAAUGUGGGAAAUGUUUCAGUCGGCAUGAGCAUCUUGUUACGCAUCAGAGAACUCACACAGGAGAGAAACCUUUCUCAUGUUCUGAAUGUGGGAAAUGUUUUAGUGUCCACACAAACCUUGUUUUGCAUAAGAGAACACAUGCAGGAGAUAAACCUUUCUCAUGUUCUGAAUGUGGGAAAUGUUUUGUCACUAAAUCAUAUCUUGUUACACAUGAGAAAACUCACACAGGACAGAGACCUUUUUCAUGUUCAGAAUGUGGAAAAUGUUUUGUCCAUAAAUCAGUUCUUGUGAAACAUCAGAAAACUCACUCAGGAGGAAAACCUUUCUCGUGUUUUGAUUGUGGUAAAUGUUUUGUCAGUAAAUCAAAUCUUGUGAAACAUCAGAGAACUCACACAGGAGAAAAACCUUUUUCAUGUUCUGAAUGUGGUAAAUGUUUUGUUAGUAAAUCAAAUCUUGUUAUACAUGGGAGGACUCACACAGGAGAAAAACCUUUCUCAUGUUCUGAAUGCGGGAAAUGUUUUGUACAGAAAUCCGCUCUUGUGAAGCAUCACAGAACUCACACAGGAGAGAAACCAUUCUCAUGUUCUGAAUGCGGGAAAUGUUUUGUAUGUAAAUCAGAUCUUGUUACACAUGAGAGGACACACACAGGAGAGAAACCUUUCUCAUGUUCUGAAUGUGGGAAAUGUUUUAGCCAGCAAUCACAUCUUAAUAGCCAUCUGAGAACACACACAAAAGAUAAAUUUUGUGAUGUUCUGAAUGUGGGAAAUGUUAUAGACAAUGCUAACAUUUUAUGAGGCAUUAAUGGAUAGACAUGGGAAUAAAUAUUUUAUUGAGAAUGUGAGGCAUCCUUAAAUUGUUUUUCAGGUUUUAUUUACACAUUAUGGACACUUUAUAUAAUAUAUCCCAUUCUUUUUUUCAGUAGAAAAUAUUUUGGAUAGAUGCUUAUCCUUUUAAGUAUGAAGUUGUCUUUGUUUUUGUACUUGUGUUGUAAAAU